UGAUUUAUGCAUUAAGUAGUGCAACUGAAGGAGUGAAGUUAGUCCCUGUUCGAAGUUACAGAUUUGAACACUCAGAGGCAGGUUGAGACCAUUGUGUAACACUAACGGUCCUUAGCUAGAGCACUUUAUACAAAAACUGAAAUUGAAGUAAAUAGCAGGUAUGUAUAUGCAGAAAGGUAGCCUGCCCUGUUAUCUUGGUGAAACACAAUGGAGAGGCUACAAGUUCUAUCCCUGGAUGAUGCAUAUAUUCUCCUUUGAUGAUUCUUUCAUAUCUGUGUGGGGAAGUUGUGAGUUUCUUGCAGGGAACAAUUCAGUACUGGUGCAGGGUCCAGGAACACAAGAUAAGUUAAUUGAUUGCAAUUACUUAAAUGAAAUAAUGCAAAAAGUAUCAAACAAACAUAUAGCAGAAGUACAAUGUUCCAUUCAAUGAGUAAACCAAUUAAGUAUAGACUAAACAUGACUGAGCAGAAGAUUUAUCCCAGUAGGAAAACCUCUAACAUGCUAAAUGUAGCAAAAAAAAAAAAAAAAAAAAAAAAAAACAAAAAAAAAUAUAUAUAUAUAUAUAUAUCAUAAUCUCUUGUGCUCACAUUGUUACUGUAUAAUUGUCACACAUUUCUUUAUCAUAGUCUAAAAAUGUGAAUGAAAAACGUAGAAAAGGAAAAUCUGUGCAGGAAACCAGGUUGGGAUUUCCUUAAUAUGCUUGUUACAUUUGUCAUCAAACAUUCCCAUUCAGUUUCAUUAUAUAUAAAUAUGUGCUUGUAAUGCCUUAAUUAAUUGUAACACUAUUCUAUUGUUUAAUCGGCUGACUAUAACAGUAGUGUAAUUAUUUUCCUCUUCUUAAUGAAUCUGAACUAUUUAAUUAUUAAGUGAAGCUGGAUUUUAAUCGUCAAAAGUUGAAGUUAAGAAAUCGGUAUCUCAGAUAAAAUGAGGUGUGUAGCAGAUUGGGCUGAACUACUAUCAAAGACGCUGAAACAGAAUACCGAGGUUCGAGACGAGUUAUCAGCACCAAAGCGGGAAAUCUCCACUCAGACACCACUGCCAACACCAAGAAGAGAGCACCAUGUGAGGACUGGUUCCCUGAAAGAGACGUCCGGUCAACCAGUUACAAGUCCUCAUCCGGGAAGAAAGCAUCGAUACAGUCGACAAGAUUCCAGUUCUUCUUUAAGUAGCUCUGGUCACUAUGAUAGCUUCAAAGACCGAGCUACUGGGGAGCGGGCUAGUGCCGAGCAGAUCCGCCGACGAGGCUCACACUCUGGUUCGCAUUCGUCUCAUUCAUCAACCCAGGCUGGCUACUCAUCAAGCCCAUCAUUUCAGUCUGGCAUCGGACGUAGAGAAUCAUAUGAAAUGUUGCCAAGAGGGGUUGAUUCGCCUCGAUUACAGCGAACACAUUCGGCUGUCCAUCGUAGUGAAAGUACACAUAGUGGAGGACUUCCAACAAGAUCAAGCAGUUACAGAUAUCCAGAAAGUAGGAUGAGAGAUGAAUCACCACAUUAUGCAAGAGAUGAUUCAUACAUAUAUCAAGGGCAUGGGCACGGUUUUUCAAGGGGUGCUGCAUAUCAUAGAGGCAGUGGUAGUGAUAAGGAAUAUAUGUAUGCUAGUAGUCGGUCAGAAACUUACACCCCGCCUAACAGACAUGAUUCUUUUACCCCUCCCCCGUUACAUUCACGUGAGGGAUCUUUCCAUGACUCAAUUCAUUCUCGAGAAGGUUCUGUACAUGAUCAUGAACGUUUGUAUAGCCCCGUCACUGUUCAGUCAUCUAAUUCAUCAUCAAGUUAUAGACAAGAUAAUUUAUAUAGUCCGGUGUUAAAUAUGUCCCGACAGGAAGUUGAACGAAGUUCUCAAUUUAGCCCAGUGAAUACAGGCACUCCGACUCCAACAAGGGAGUUGCAGACUGAUCGUAUGUAUAGUCCAGUAAUUCCUCAGUCAGGGUCGAGGGAUGAAUGUUUGGCAUUUAGCCAGGAUAUUCUGUGUCAGCAGCAAGGUGGACAUGUAAGUCCAUCGCCAAGUAAACCAAAACUACGAUUUCCUAGAACAAAUCCAACAUACAUAGGCGUAAAUAGACGUGAUGGUAAUACCGCGUAUAAGAAAAUUAAUGUUGAACAAGCUCUGCUUGAACCUGGUGCUAGUGAAGGUCAAGGUGACAGUGCUGCAAUGCAGACAUCACAAAUUCAUCCUGAAUAUUUUGAAACAAACUUUUAUCGACAUGAACGAUCAGAUAGUGAUGGUUCCUAUUCGUCAGGACGAUUAGGGCCUGAUCGCAAAGACAGUCAAGUUUCUCAUUCAUUACGCAGUCGAGAGUUGUCUGACUCUCAGUCCUCCCAGGGUUCCAUUCGAAAUAUGUCAGACGUUCAGUCUGAAGGUUCGUUAAGAAACAUGCAAGAUAGUGCAGUGUCUUUUCAAGACUCUAUUUCUUCCCGCGGUUCAAACAAAAGUUAUCCGGACCGUGAUUAUAAAGAACGGACUAGUGAUAAUCAGUUUUCUCACGUAACAAAUAACCAGUAUUUACAAAAUACAUCAAAAGAUGUAGGGGACGAUGAAGAUUCAGAACCAGAAUAUGCAAAUUUACCAAAUAUUCCACCACCAAUGAAAAUAGAGGAAAUUACGAAUACCAAAGUGACAGAAUUGGCUCAGAUUCCAAAAUUUCACCUCAAUGACGAAAACAAUUUGAAAAAUGUGUUAAAAGAAAGAAACUCUAAUAUAGAAAUUAGUGAAUUUAAUGAUGAUUUGCGAAAUGGUGAUGGCUCAGUUACUUUGGAAUUGACGCGGGAGUUGAAUGGAACGGCGGAGGAUGAGGAUGAUGAGGAAGAGGAAGAUGAUGAUGAUGAUGAUGAUCAUAUGAUUGAUCUGAUGCAAAGUUCGCAGUUCUCAGAAGAUCAAGGGUUUGAAGACACAGAGAACACAAAUCUAUAUCCUGGCACACAGUUCCUGGGCGGACUCCCAACAGGCCUUGCAGUCGAGACACAACAUGCCUCAUUAAAACGCAAGAAACAUGAGAAAGGUGGGGAAGCCACAGACGGGAGUCCUGGGUCAGAGCGACACUCUGCUCAGUUAGACAUGACUCACAGACCACUGUCUAUGGUGGUACCGAGCCAGUCUGACGCCAGUAUGCCUGUCUCAUCUAGUAUAGGAUCUUUGAGUAGACAGGGUCGAGCAGGCACCUGUCCACCAAUUAGUCAUAGCAAGCACCUGUCUCCUAAACAGAAACUGCCGUCAGACAGUGACAUAGAGAACUAUGCUCAACAACACCUCAAUAAACAUAAGAAGGGCCUUUUUGGCAAGAAUGUUCCACUUACGAACAUGUUGAAGUGGUCAAAGGAUCCAAUUACAAAGCCAAUGUUGAGAACGGCAGACAAGAAUGUGAAGAAAGAAGCAGUAGAAGUGUUUAAACUGAUCCAGUCGUACAUGGGUGACAGGAAGACUAAGUUGACCCAGUCACAGCUGGCUCUUGAGAUAACCACAAAAGGUUGGACAAUGGGCCCAGACUUGAGAGAUGAAAUCUUCAUACAGAUCUGUAGACAGACCACUGAUAAUAGAAAAGAGGACAGCUUACAGAGAGGCUGGGAGCUGAUGGCUAUACUUCUCAAUUUCUUCCCACCUACACACAAGUUCUAUUCCUAUCUAGAGGGUUAUAUAUCCAGACAUAUAGAUCCCAAAUAUGACCUAGAAAAUUUUAGCCUAGCUCGUUGGUGCAAGACUCACGGUAUACGAUACACCGACAUCAUUGACGAUGAACAUUAUAAUCAUGUGCCUAUCCAUCACUUUGCUGAACAUUGUCAAAGACGACUAGAGAGGACCAUGCAAUCUGGGGCCAAAAGAGGGGUCAGAAAACCCUCUGUAGAUGAAAUAGAACAAGCAAAGAAAUCCAUAUACUGUCCCUCGAUGUUUGGAAGUACCCUGGAGGAUGUAAUGAAGAUGCAGAGAGAUCACUAUCCCGAGAGACGGUUACCAUGGAUACAGACUUCACUGUCAGAAUGGGUGCUGCGGCUCAAUGGUGCUCAAACUGAAGGCAUCUUCAGAGUACCUGGUGAUAUUGAUGAAGUGAAUGCAUUGAAGAUUCAUUGUGAUCAAUGGAAGCCACCAACAGAAUGUAAUGAUCCACAUAUUCCGGCCUCGUUACUCAAAUUGUGGUACCGAGAACUUGAAUCUCCGCUCAUUCCUGACAGCUUUUACGAAGAUUGCAUCGCUAAUUACACAAAUGCUGAGGCUGCUGUUGCCGUUGUCAACCGACUUCCAGAAAUCAACCGACUUGUACUGGCUUAUCUUAUAAGGUUUUUGCAGGUUUUUGCAGCCCCAGAAAAUGCUUUAGUGACCAAGAUGGACGUGAACAAUCUUGCAAUGGUGAUGGCGCCAAACUGCUUGCGAUGCGAGUCUCAGGAUCCACGAAUCAUUUUUGAAAACACUCGGAAAGAAAUGGGAUUUAUUAGAACUUUAAUACAAAAUUUGGACACAAGUUUUAUGGAAGGAAUAGAAUGAUUUUUGUAGAAAAAUUAGAAUGCUUUUAUUUAAAUUAACCAAGUUUUUGUGAUAUCUUUGAAGAAAUAUUUGUUUAUGAGCCAUGUCAUGUAAAAAGAUGCAUUACUUUUCAGUUAAUAUUCCGCCUUGACUGUAUUGUAAAUGAGUCUAUAGAAUUUGUUCAGAACAGAAAACAUUACUGCCAGUUAGAAAGUCACAGGUUUGAAUCCCAGGUGAGGGGUGUGUUCUCUGUUCACUGAGGACAAAACAUCGGAGGUGAUACGGCCUCUACCUCUGAGUCAUGUGAUGAAGUUGUCAUAUAAUGGAAAAUACUGUUUUAUAAAUCCAACAUAAAAUCUUAUACGAGUUAAAUGUAAAACACUAAAAAAAGGGAAUUUCUGAGAAAAGUAACAAAAAGAAAAUGUAAUUCAGAUUUUUCUUUUUUUUUUUUAAAGGUGACUAAUUUUCUAUAGUCUAUAUGAAACAUAUGGAGUAAAAUAGUUUUUGCAGUAACGUCUACUUUACAUGACAAGGUCUCUAUGUGUAGUUGAUAUUGUAAGGCUUGAAAGCACAAUUUUGAAUGAUUUCCUUUAGAUAAAUUAUACAGUAAAAAUGUUAUAAGUUUUGACCACCACAGAAUACUGGAUAAAUCUUUGACCCAAUGAUAUUAGAACCAUUUUGUGUUUGUUAUAUUAUUGUUGUUGUUGUUUAUUUAAAUAUUUGUUUUUGUUGUUAUAGUAGUACAGUAUUUCGUAUUUGACAUUCAAGAACACCCGAUUAAAACAUUGGAGUCAUAUUAUACAUAUAGUAGUUAAACUUUAUGCUUUCUUCAUAACUAGUGGUCUGAUGCAGACACUCGUGUAUAAUGUGCAUAUUUUUGACCCCUGGAACUGGCCCUGAAUCUGGGCUGUGUAUUACACACAGGUUUAGAUGGUUUUCCAACUUCAAUGCAAAGUUUGUUUACGACUGUUUCUUGCUAAACUUGCAAGGCUAAAAACUAAUUGUGCUGUUACAUACUGUAAUAAAAGAGUAUGGUAUAUCCUUCUGAAAAACAAAAUUGGUGAAUUAAAGAGUAUAUUAAAAGAAAAAAAUAUUCAAAAUCAAAGUUAUGAUACUUACAAAGGGCUGAGUAUUAUUUAAAAGAUGAUACAGUAGGCUUUCCUGCUACAUGUGGAUACUUACUAGCUGUUUGAUCUUUAACAGAUAAAAACAAAAAUUUUCUGUUAUCUAUUUGAAUUGAACAGCUCUUCAACUCAAAUGUCCUAUUUCCACAACACACAAAUAAAACUGAAUUUAAAUUCUUUUGAGAUCCGUCCAGUGUAGUGUAACUGACCAUGACAUAUAACACUUGAUAAACUCUGAUGGUUAACAUGUUUGAAGACUUUGCGGUGGAGGUAAAUUCAGUCACUGGAUGUUUACAUUUCUAUUGUUUUCUUUCUGGAUUGUACAAAAAAGUUAUUUUCCAAGAUUUUGUGCUCAAAAUUGUGGGUUGGGGUGCAUUAUACAUGGAUGGGCAUUAUACAUGGGUAUUUACGGUACUUAUUUGUAAUUUCAUGUUUUAACAACAUCAGACUGUUUUUAAGACUGCAAUUUAGUUCAUACAAUUAUAUUGCUCAUCUUAAGGACUAUUCAUAUUUUGGUGUUCAGAUUAUAAAGCUUCAGUCUUGGUCUCGGCUAUUAACCCGGAGUGAAAGUCUGCCUGCGAUUGCUUGCUUCUUAAAAAAAAAAUAAGGUUGACUAAUGUCUUCCAAUAUUUUGAUUAUAUACCUCUUUCUGAUUAAGUGAAAAUAGAUUUCAUGUAAUAAAUGAAUUGUUAUAUAAUGUGUUGUCAGUUACAAAAAAUAUCUGUGUAGGUAAUUAUUUUCGUCUUAAGAAUAUAUGGUUAGGCCACACCAAAUUGAUUACCUGUUCGUCGGAUUUCCCGCACCAAUUUGACGGGAAAUGAAAAAAAAAAAUUUUAUUUUUUUUUUACCGCCCGCACCUGGCGUAUUUUUUGCACUGGGUCGAAAUCUGUAGGAACGUAAAAAAAAGGUGGAAAUUCCGAAGUUUAAACGCACCUAGCUUGUAAUUUAGGCCAGCAUUUUUUAAUUUUCUAGUUUACGGGAGCGCAGACCCUAUUUUUUGACAAAAUGAAAAAAAAAUAAAAGUCAUUUUCAGUACUUUUAUUUUCAUUUUACCCGCCGACUGUCCAUAUUUGCUACUGUCCAUACAAGUUUAACUGUAUGGUAGUGGUUUUGUUUCAUCAAAGUGAGCAGACGUAUGAAAAAUGGCAGCCUGCAUGAAUGAAAUUGUGUAAAAUUAAAUUAGAAAAAAUAUACUAGUUAACAGACAAUAAUCUUUGGAAUAAGUUGGUAGUGAUAACAAGUAUUGUAAAUGAAUUGGAGCUGAGUAGAAAUUACAGCAGCUAAAGCUCAACAUUGGGAAUAAUCACGUAAAACUACGAAAAAUGACGUUCACUAACAACGCUGUCCAGAUGUUGAAAAAUCUGGCGUAUCACAUGUACGAGAUUUGUUGUCUGUAUAUUAUAAUUGGACAACGAUCAAAUUCAUGUGGGACUGCCAGAAAAAUUCCACAAUUAAUAAAAAGGAAAGACACAAAGAAAUGGCGAAAUGGAAGAGCAAACAUGAGUAUCAGCUUGUAAAAACAUUUUUUUUCUUUGAAGUAUUGACAGUCUUUUCCUUUGAAGUAUUAGGGUUUAGAGAAGAGAAAAAUAAGUAAUAUCACAAUUUUUAGUAAUUAUGUUUAAAACAAACUGCAUUUUCAGUGUAUAAUGAUUGAUGUCCCCUGCAAAUGCAAACACGUGAUAAAAAAUUCAAACUAGUCCAAAUAAUUUGACGGUCACAUUAAUGAUUGUUUUAUAUUUCUGUUGGGCAACCUAACCAAAUGGAGAUAUUGCACAUAUGAAAAACUUAUCUCAAUAUUCCGAGGAUCAAGUCGAAUUAGUUUGAAUAAAGUUCUAACCAGGUACCCUAACUCAAAAGAUAAUUAUCAAACAUGAAACUCCCGGCAAUAUUCUCAUGACCACUUAAGUAUACUAAUAAAGAAGACCCAUUGAAAGUAUGUAUGGGACAAACAUUCAGCCACUAAUUGCCGCAUGUGCCGUUUACACUGAGGAACACAAUAAAAUAUCCAGUGAUAAAUGUAUUUUCAGACUCCUAACUUACUACGUCCAAGUCUCAUUUCAGUGAAGAGUCUUUUCUCCGAAACUGUUGUUUGAGCAUCAGCCGAUAAGGUUAUUUUGUACACAUUUUUGCUGAACCAAAAUUAAGAUUGUUUCAGCUUGUCAUACAGUAUAGUGGAAAUACACUUUAUUUGGUGUUAAACACGACAUAAGCGAAAAUUACUUUUUUUUUUUAUUUCAUCGCUCUUUGCUCACAUCAAUAAAUGAUGAUUUGAAAAAAAAAUAUUUUAAUUUUUUUUUCGCUUACCGCCCCAAAUAUUUUUGAAAAAAAUCCGAAGAACAAGACAUCAAUUUGGUGUGGCCUUACAAUGUAGAAAAAUGUUGAUAUUAUUUAAACAGAUCUGAAUUAAUAUUUUCCUUCAAUAUAUUGUAAAUGGAAAGAGUAUUAUUUAUAAGAGAAAUUAGCUUAUAUGUUAAAAUAGUGUCAUGGCAGAUAUGUUGAUUGUUGGUUCACAACAAUUGAACUUCUACCUGUCUUCAUAGGAAUGUUUAAAGUAACAUUUCCUGUGUAAGGUGUUUUUGUACGUAUCAGCUGAUCAAAAUUGUGAACAAAACCAAUUUUCUAGAUAAUCAGAUAUGAAACUCUAAAUAUUUAUCUACUGUGUAGAUAUUUCCAUGUUUUAUAGUACAUAGAUUAUCUCCACAUGUGAUCUUUACUUGUAGAGUAUUUUAAACAACAGUAUGCUUAUUGUAUUGUUUAUUUUGGAUUCUUCCAUAUGUAACCUCCAUUUAACUUAGCAACAAUCUACACAGAAACUCAUAUUGUCAUGAUUGUAGAAAAACACAUAGAAAAUUCCCAAUGCUAAAAGAAAAAAAAAUGAUUAUAAAUAUGAAAAAAAAAAAAACACUUUUCUUUUACAUUUUGUAUUUGAAACAUGUUCUGAUAGAAGUAGAUUAAUUUCCAUACGUAGUCAUGGUCAUUGGGUAUUACUAUAUUUUCACUGAUCAAAACAUUUUCAUAUAGGGCUGUUUGCGUAUUGUUUUUUUUUUUAAACGGAUGUAGCAAUAUAUAUUUAUUCUGUUCUAGUUAACUGCAGGUAUAUGUAGAAAUGGUGCUUUUUGUUUGUUGUAUUAAACACUCAUUGUUUCACUAGACCAUGGUUUUUUCACUCACUUUUGUCAGCACAGCUACACUAAGAUACACUUCUUUAUUCUAGCAUACUGAUAAAUUAAACGAUUGUUUUGCUAUUCAUGUAUUUGGGUAUUUGGUCAUCUUGACUUUGUUAAUUGAAAGCUGUGUAACCUAAUUUCUUACUUAGUAAUAAAAUACACUUACUGAACAGCUUGUUGGUCAGUAGUCAGAACUAUUGCCCUUAUACCUCAUCAACAUUAGAUAGACUGGUGUAUUAGUUGCAGCCCAGUAGCUUUGGUACAUUGUCAGUUACUAAAAAUAGAAGUCAAGUAAUGUGUACAUUAGCAACCUUUGUAGUCUAGUACAUCAUAAACUGCUUAGAAUAUUUAGAAAUUGGAGAGAAUGUUUAAGUUAAAAAGAAUAUUGUCAUAUUUUAGUGAUACACUAGAAUAGAUUAUGUUUAUAAUUUUAGCUUAGUGUAAAUAAUUUGUGUCUCCUGUGAUAACCUAAUUUUUAUCAGAGCAUAAUGCCAUCUCAUGUAUUUUGUAAAAAUAAAUUCAUAUUUUUACCAUUUUUUGCCAUGUUUUCAAGAUUAUCAUUUACAGGUUUAUUUUUCAUGAUUUUGCAGUUUAAAUGGAUGAUCUGUUUUGCUUUUAAUUGUAUGAAAUGAGGAUAUGACUGUAUGGGGUAACUGAAGUUAAAAUAUGGUAGAACGUCCAUAAAGGGACAUGCCUCCAAGUUGAAAAAUUACAUUUUUUUAUUAGCAUAUAAAAAUAUUGCAUAGUAUGUAAAUAAGUUGAAACUCAAUUUGUCAAACUUGCUUAUCUCAAAAUUCUGGCUAACUAGAAAAAAUUUUCAAGUCCUUUUCAAAAACA